GUUAAUAUUUUCCACCGUUUGAGAAAUGAGAAAAUAGAAAAUUGCACUUGACUGACUCUUUGGGAUCAUUCGAGAACAGUGCUUUUACGGAACCCUUCAUUUUCUCAGCAAGAAAACAGAUUGUUAGAGUUCUGGUUGUUUUCCUUUCGGUCUCUGUUUCUCCUGAUUUACAUUUUUCCUCUUGUAGGCAUUUUGAAAUAUUUUUUCAUUGGUAUGGUACUAGAUGUGGUCCUAAGUAUAGUUUCUCAGUGUUUUUUCUCCUACGUGAACAUUUUUUUUCCUUGAUGGAGGUUUGAUUAAAUUUGAUAGUGAUCUCCACUUCUACUUUUCAAUACCUUAAUGCAUGCCAUUUUUUAUUAUUUUGUAUCUAUCAUGUGUUUCACCAUCAGUUUCUCGUUAGCCACAGUUUGGCUGCCAAGAAAACCAAGGAAAACAGAAGAAAAUGUAGUUCUGAAUUCAUUUAACAUUUUUUUUUUUAUUUCCCAUUCUCCUUAAGACUCGCCAGGAAGUGAUCUUUUUUAUGAUUUCAGGCUUGUUUAACUGGCAGAGAGGCACCUGAAGUCGGUUCCUUUUCUACGUGUUUAGGGACUCAAAAUGAUGGGGUCUUUUCUUUCAAGAGCUCUCAUGCUGACUUUUGGUUAUGCUUAUCCUGCAUAUGAAUGCUUCAAAACUGUGGAAAAGAAUAAGCCCGAGAUCGAGCAACUCGUGCUUUGGUGCCAGUACUGGUUACCAUUGUAUGGGGAAGCUAAGUUGGCCCUUUUCAUAUAUCUUCGGUAUCCUAAAACAAAAGGAACGACAUACAUUUAUAAUUCCUUUUUACGGCCUUACUUAGCAAAGCAUGAGACUGAAAUAGACCGAAAUUUGUUGGAGUUAAGGGUUAAGGCCAGGGAGAUUGCAGUUGUGUAUUGGCAAAAGGCUGUCCGCCAUGGGCAGACAGUGUUUUUCAAGAUUCUGCAGUAUGUUUCUUUAACACAGCCUCAACCUGCUCAGCAACAACAGCAACCCCUUGCUUCUUUUCUACCUCACCAUGAAUCUAGUUUUGAAGAAUCUGCUGCAGAAGCCAGUAGCAAGCCAAUAUCAAGUAAUCUGGAAGCAGAAAAUGCAAAUGCAAAUGCAAAUUCUCCUCAGAAAGUGAGUGUCAUUGAGGGAGCUGUCCGGGUAACCUGUGAAAAACUGAGGAAAAUCCGGGGCUCAGCUAAUCAGUAGUAGCAUUACAUUACAAUUCAUAUACAAAGAGCACAUUUAAUCUUGCUGAUACCAUAUUCUUUCUUAACAAUGGAUGAAUUAAUUCUAAUCCUUAGUACUGGUAUCUGCUUCUGGUUC